AUGAUCUCUCCGACUUCAGACGACAAUAGCCACGAGACCGUCCCCGUCCAAGCGAUGAUUAGAGCCCGAGGAACCCAGGGCGAUGAAGACAGGAUGGGUUGUCUUUCGUUCAUUGAUUCCCUGGUUGCUGACCUGAAGCGGAUUAUCAGCCACUUCCACUCAACGAACUCAAGGCCACUGCUUAUGGCGUCUUUGGAAAGAGAUAGCAACCUGUGGCACAAUAAAGUCAGAGAAGCCAAGAGGGAUGAGGCGAAAGCCCUUGAGCCGAUCGAGAAGCAAGCUGAUUGGAAGCAGAUAAUGGACUUGAAUGAGAAGCUGGAAACCCUAUGGAGCAUUCCCUCUCGCGGCAAAUCACCAAUAUCGGACUUACAGGACUACGAUGACAGCCUCGUGGCCUACAUGGCAGCGAGAUUCAUCAGGUUCAAGCGCCCUACCUACGGCACUGCUGCCGAGGACUUGCUCGCACACCUAAUGGAGAAAUGGUACAAGGAGGAAAAAUCUUUCGACAACGUGCUUCUCCUGCUACAACGACGUGGCAAGUACCCCGUUCCCAUUGAGUACGAGCAACUGAUGGUGCUUGACUCCUAUAUCAAGUACUUCAACAAGCGGGAAGGCAAAACGGUCGGCUCGCUAGUUGAGACGAUGCUGGAGAACUUUGGCGACGCGCGAUCGUCACUAAUCUUCAGGCGGAACUUCGCAACUCCUGAUGACACUGGCCUUCCAUAUAGAUCGCUGAAGACGUUGAUGAAUAAUUGGGCGGAGAGGGGCCUGUCACCCGACGAAGUGGCCGUAAUGCUGAGGCAUCACGAAACGUCAGACGAUCUUAGAGCGCGCAGCUUGGAUAUAUCGGAGCGAUAUCAAAUGGUGGCCACCUAG